UGCGCGGCAAAAAAUUCAUCUUUGAACUACCAUUCGAAGUGUGCGGUUUAUUCGGUGGACGUUUCGCUAAGAAAAUUUCGAAGUCUCGCUCUGAAGAUGGCUCUGUUAGCCGUGCCUCAAUUACUUUUAUUAACGCUCUUCAGCUCUGGAGUUUUCGGUGUUCCACGGGAUCGGAGGAGUCAAUCUCAGGUUCCUGCCGCGGGGGAGCUUUCAAAUAGUGAUGUGGCUGUAGAUUUCGAAUUGUUUUGUUUUAUAUAUAAUAAAACAUAUGACCUGGUGGAAGCUUUGAGAAGGAAAGCAAUUUUCUUGGAAAACCUUUCAAAAAUCGCACAACUCAAUGCUAACAAGGAAAAUAACGUUGAGUAUGGGAUGAACGAAAUGACUGAUUUAACCCCUGCGGAAUUCCGGGCAACCAGGGCAAACUUAAAGCCAGAGGCGCUGGCCUUCGUGCGUUCCUUGCCUGUAGUUGAGCCGGCAUUUGCCACAGUGCAGGCUUCUUCUAAAGACUGGCGCUCAGAGAACAAGGUGACGCCGAUUAAAAAUCAAGGAAGCUGCGGCUCUUGCUAUACGUUCUCGACCUGUGUUGGGGUUGAGAGCGGUCACGCCAUUAAACACGGCAGUCUGACGAGUCUCUCCGAGCAGCAACUUCUAGACUGUGACCGUAAAUCUUCUGGGUGUAAUGGAGGCUGGAUGCCAAAUAGUCUUGAUUCAAUCAAGGCGAAAGGUGGUCUUAUGAGUGCGAGCGCAUACCCAUAUGAGGGGAAACAGCGCUCAUGUAGAUUUAAAUCUGGAUCUGGGGUGGCACAAGUCAGCGACUACCAGCAGUUUAAUAGCAAAGCUGAGAAUGCCAUCGCCCAAUCAGUGUUAGCAUCUGGUCCCGUAAUCAAUGCCAUCUGUGCUACUAGCGACUUCCAGUACUAUAAAAGCGGCAUCUACAAAAACACUGCGUGCAGGUGCAGAGGGGAAGUUAACCACGCCGUGGCUAUCGUUGGCUAUGGCACGGAUGAUAAAGAUGGAGAUUACUGGAUUAUCAAAAAUAGCUGGGGCACGUCUUGGGGCGAGAAAGGUUACAUGAGAAUCAAAAAAGGUGCCAACAUUUGCUCACUUUCUAAUUACGUUUGGAAAGUUAAUGUCAAAUGAGUACACUCUGAAGUCGGUAAGUGGUCAGUGGCGUCGCGUGUUCUGCGAUAAAUCGAUUGAUCCGCCUUUUACACCUAUGGAAUUUGAUCGAUAGAGAGGGUGUUCGCAACGAACACCUUGAUAAUCGAUUCUUUACCAUAGUUUCAAAUGGGGAGAUUAUGAUAAUCGAUUGUUCGCACCUCGCCACCGAAAGUGGUAUCAGAAAAUGGACCACUAGACAUGGUACGUUGCACGGGAAAUUUUUAAGAGGAAACAUGGGUCAGAAUGAUUAAAUUCAUACCUUGUCUAUUGGUCCAUUAAACAUUGGAGAUGAGUGUUUAUAAUUACCAAGAAAACGUGGGUCUCUAUUUUCGCCACGGAACAAAUUAAUAUUGAUUUAUGCCUCUGGCACGUCGAAUAAACUAAAAUCAUUUUAAUUUGCCUCAC